AUAAUAAAACAUUGUUGUGACGUGACUAAAUGUUGUUAAAUUGUUUAAGUGUUAAAAUGAAAGUAAAUGUGGCGGCUGGAUUCCUAAUUUUAACCACAAUUGCCGCUGUGCAAACUCAAUCUAUAACAAAUUCAAAUUCGAAUUAUUUUAUCAACAGACGCUGUGAAAACCCCAACAAAAGACCAGGCACAUGUGUGGCCAUACAUGACUGCCAAGUGCUAUUGCAAAGUGAUCGUUCUUUUGUAGAAGCAUCACGAUGUGGCGGUGGUUUUGGCACUACACCCUAUGUUUGCUGUUCUAGUGAUACGGGCUACACCAGAGAGCCCAGAAAACAAGUGGUAGCAGUAGCAAGAGAAGAUCCCGAAUUGAGUCCUGAUGAAAGAUCUUGGUUGAGACAAAUCUUUAGGGGAAAUUUUCUGACAACAACCAUAUUUCCAGACCGCUCAAAAACCAAAUCGUUGCUAUUGCCAGAACCUCCCACCUGUGGUGGAGAGUUCAUAGACAAUCGUAUUUAUGGUGGCCGGGAUACGGAAUUAUAUGAAUUCCCCUGGAUGGCAUUUUUGGAGUAUACAAAGGCUGAUCCUACACAGGAAGCGGUAUGUGCUGGUUCUUUGAUUAACUCCCGCUAUAUUUUAACAGCUGCCCAUUGUGUGGAGGGUCCCAUAUUAAGACAAAAAGGAGAACUUGUGGCUGUGCGUUUGGGCCUGAGAGACUAUACCCAAAGCUCUAGAUUCUCCGGUGAUGAUCAACGUUGGCGCGUUGAAGAGAAAAUUAUUCAUGAAAACUACAAAUCCCAAAAGACUCCUGUUCACGAUAUAGCUCUUCUACGACUUGAAAGUAAUGUACGCUAUUCCAAAACUGUACGACCCAUUUGUUUGCCUUCUGUGCUGACACCCUUUAAUCUGAAAUCGGAUACCAAACUUACGGUGGCCGGCUGGGGCUCAACGGAAUUCGACUCGAGCAGUCCCAUUAAGCAAAAAGUUAAUGUUGCCCUAAUGGAUCAAAAGUUCUGUAAACAACAGUAUGGCAAAUUGGGUUUAAACAUAGAAUCUUCACACAUGUGUGCUGGCGGUGCAGCCAACAAAGACAGUUGUCGUGGUGAUUCCGGUGCCCCAUUAAUGCACUAUCGCAAUGGCGUUUGGGUGCUGGAGGGUGUGGUAUCGUUCGGUCGCCGCUGUGGCUACAAGGAUUGGCCCGGUGUAUAUGCUCGUGUCAGUAGUUAUACUCAGUGGAUUAACAAGAAGCUGCGUAGUUGAGUUUGUGAUUGAGUACAAAUUAAGUAAUUUAACUGAUUUCUAGUUUUUAAGGAAAUAUAGUGAAAUUUUAAGAGUAUUGUAUUUUUGUUUUUCAUACAGACAUGAUUUUUAUUUUUCGUAUUCACACACUCAUUUAGUUUGUAAGAGAAUGAUAAUUAUUUUAAUAAAUUAAAAAAAGAUAUUAUAGUUUUAAAUAUAA